UUUGCCGUCUAUCCACAGAUAUACGGAAUAGCUCUCGCUCUCCUCCUCCUCUUCCUCCUCCUCGUCCACCACCCACCAACCCCUCCCCCGCCCCUCCCAUUCUCUUCCCCAAGCCGGAACCCGUCGAUACCGGCCGAGCGAUCCGCCGCCGUCCAGCGCGAAAGAAACGCAGGGAUACGCGCCGUUGUCUUCCGCCCCAUCCCCCCCGGCGCGCCGAUGCACCUCUCCCCUACGGCGCUGCGCAUUGCGCGCGUCCACCGCGGCCCCUGCCCGCUCGCCCUGGCCUACAGCCGUGGCACGAACCUGGUCUGGCUAUCCCUGGCGGGCCGCAGCGCGCCGACGCCCUGCCAGCUGCGGCGGCGGAUCCACGUGGCCGGCGCUUGGCCCGGACCGCACCCGGGGUCGCGACGAGCCGCGUCGACGGCGGCAGCGGCGGCGGCGGCGGUGGCGGUGCCCUCGGCGUCCCUCAACCCGCCGGCCUCGACGCGGCCGCCGCCGCUCGAGCUGCCGGUGCGCGCCGACUCGGGGUCCAUCUUCGCGCACCUGUACCGGCUGGGCAAGGCGUACACGGUCUUCUACAAGGCGGGCCUCCGCGCCAUCUUCACGAACCGGAAGCUAGCCCGGUCGCUGCCCCGGUCGUCGUCGCCGUCGUCGCUCUCCCGCGCCGACAUCCUCCUCCGCGAGCGCUCCCGCCACGACCUCUCGCGCCUGCCGCUCUUCGGCCUCCUCGUCCUCGUCUGCGGCGAGCUCACGCCGCUCGUCGUCCUGCUCUUCCCCCACCUCACCCCCUACACCUGCCGCAUCCCGCGCCAGGUCGACGGCCUGCGCCGCACCGCCGAGGCCCGCCGCGCCGCCAGCUUCCGCAACCUCGCCCACCACCUCCAGUCCGCGUCCUCGCCCGACGCCGUGGCCCCCUCCCUCGCCAACCGCCACAUCUGCCGCGCGCUGUGGCUCACCCUGCCGCUGUGGGACCGCGUCGGGCUGGCGGGGCCGUUUGCCGGCCCGCUCGCGCGCCGCGCCGUCUCGCGGCUCGCCACCGACGACGCCCUGCUGCGCGGCGGCGGCGGCCCCCGGACCGGCGUCGCGAGCCUCGUCGACGACGAGGUCGUGCUCGCCUGCGAGGACCGCGGUAUCGACGUGCGCGGCCGCGACACCGCCGCCCUGCGCGCCGACCUCGAGGACUGGCUGCGGCGCACGGCCCCGACCCUGGCCGCGGGGAAGGGGGGGGAGGAGGCGUGGCGGACCGACGCCGAGCGCAGGAUUAGGGCCGCGCUGCUCGGCCUGGAUGGCGCUAGAAAAUGAAACAAAAAAGGAAGGAAGGAAAAAGCAGGCGCGUACGGGAAUGGAAAAGGAAAAGAAAACAAGGAAGGAAACGAGAACAAAACUUGAAACGAAGCGAGUAUGUGAAAAAGGCCUCCAUCUACUCGUUACAUGUCUAUUAUAUCUACCGGUCUAGGACUUUUGUCCGUAUAUACCCAUCCCUAC